CUAGCAAUUACGCAUGCGCAUUUGUUACUAGAAGACAUAAAACAGACACCAAUUAAUUUCAUCUUUGUUUCAUUUGUUUAUGUUUAAUACCUGACACUUUGAGAGGUCAUUGGCAAGAAAAGAUCAUGCUGCCCAGCCAGUACAGUACUUUGAUUCUAGUCAGUGUGUUGGUGAUGUUAGUUCCAGUACAUGUGCAAACAGAAACGUACUGCACAUUACCAGGAUAUUUGUAUAAUGGUUACUAUGAACGGAUUUCAAACACAUUGAUCAUCCGGUGCGAUGCUGGUUACACAUUGAUAGGGUCUCCGCAGCAAGUUUGUAACAGCUUGGGGAUGUGGGAUCCCCCUGAGAUACCUAAAUGCGUAUCAAAUGUGAAGUGCCCAAAACCUUAUGCAGUGAACGGUAACAUUACUGGAUAUCGCGGCAGUAACUACUCAGUGGGCGACACUUUUACAUUUACAUGCAGUGGUUUGUACGCCAUUCAGUAUGAUGAUAACAUAGUGCGAGAAGUGGCCUUCAGGUGUAGUCAAGACGGAAUAUGGGUGUCCUCGAGUGGUUUUAAAGUGGAACCAGCAUGUACAGUGUCUGUUUGUGACGCUCCUCCGCAAGUGCCGUACAGUCGUACAGACAUGAGUGAACACUACAGCAGGCCGGUGGAUGGAGAGAUUGUGCUGUACACGUGCUAUGUGGGGUACAUCCUCGUAGAUCCCAAGGCAAACCAGCUGCAGUGCCACAAUGGGGAAUGGCAGGGCAGUGUGCCUUCUUGUGUGGUAAAGCAAACCUGCGGCCGACCCAGGGACAUCCAGAAUGGGCAGUUCUACAAUCCAGAUAAUCCAGACACAAACAGGCUUUAUGACUUUGAGUACAUGCUGGGCUCCCACGUUAAGUACUACUGUAAUUAUGGGUACAAACUGGUGGGGGACGCUACUCUGUUUUGUGAGCAGGAUUCCAAGUGGUCGCAUUACCCACCACAGUGUAUUUCCGUGGAAGAUUCUACGAAGUACUGCCCCGGGCUGCGGUCCAUCAAUAACGGUCACUGUUUCUGCGAGUCUAAGAGUGACAUCCAGUACUGCGAGCCUUUCUAUGCUGGACUGCAUGUGGAGUGCGUGUGCGACAGUGGCUACACUAUGCGAGGGGAGUCCAUAAUCACAUGCAAGGGUAGUGGAGAGUGGGACUAUGACAUUCCUGCCUGUUUCCAAGACCAUGAAAUUAACGGCGACACUAGAGGAGAAUCAGCCAGUUCCCAGUACCACAUGAGUACCCUAGCUAUUGUUGUGGCAACAGCGUGCAGCGUUCUAGGCGUCCUCCUGCUGGUCAUGGUCGUCAUGGUGUUUAGACGUCGUAAGCCACACCCUCCCCGCCUCUGUCGACCCUCCUCGGUCCCGCCCCCUUACUCUCGCGUUCAUAGCAACUCAUUAGACGAGCAUGACCGAAUGCUUCUGAUCGGCUAUGAUAAUACACAAAUUACUCUACCCUCAUAUGAAGAGGCAACGCGGAGAGGAAACAGUCCAAUUUCCGGAAACUUCCUCCAAAGGUCAGGAGGUCAAGGUCAAGUGGGAGAAUAUCGACCUUUACCGAGCAUUCCGUCAAACUUCCGCUCCAGUCAGUUGCCUCAUCGCGAUACGACAAGCCGACAUUCUAUCAUCACCACAAGCACGAUGAAUAGGGACGGGAUCUCAGAGCGCGAGGUUUUCGGCUCCAUUGACACUGUGAACGUGAGUGUCAGUGAUGCCAGUACCGCUGUUACCAUCGAGUCAAUGGACAGUGCCUCCUCCCACCAUUCCAACAUGUCGAGGAGGGCCAAUGCAGGCAGUAUCAACUCCUCCAACGGGAGUCUCGUGACGGAAGAUGUUCCGUUAUUAGACAGUGCCCAGAGAGACAACGAAAUAGACUCGGUUUCAAACCAAGAAGAUGUCACGGACAAACCGGAUUCAUGAAAAAGGAGCUUUCUCUGUGGUGACUGCUUACUUGCCACUGAGCCACUCAGUGUGUGUAAGAAAACAGUGGCAGUUACUGACUCUAAAAUUCCUACAGAAUAUUAUGAAAUAUACCCCCUAUAUCAAAAACCUGCGGCGUUUUUAGGAAGCAUGGCACUCUUGUCUGAUUUUGUUAGGGUUGUCUGAUUGUUUAUGUUCAGGGAAGCCUGUCAGUUAUUUUAUUUUCUUCUAGUUGUUAUUUUGUAGGACUCCCAAAAUUGCAGCCGUGGAAGUCCUGGCAAGAAAAAAAGGCAGACAAAUGUUUGAUGUUAAUUAUUCUUUCCAUUUUUACUGAUUUACUGGCCAUGAUAGCGUUGUAUCAAUAAAAAACGCCCACCAACUUUUUAGUUUGAAACUUGGAGGUAAAAAACUGCGCUAUUCAUGGUAACUUACAGUAAUUGGCAUUUACUGCAUAUGGAAAAAGAGAUCUGAGAUUAAGCAAAGCUUGAAUUGUAAACUUUACCAUCUGAUAUCUUCAAAUGCUUGUAACGUCCAUUUUUAUUCGACAUUAAAACCAUUUUUAGCUAGGUGAAAGGCUUGUUUGCCAUUAGUGACAAUACAUACAAAAAGAAAGGGUACAGAAUCUGUUUCAGAAGUGACAGUUUUCCCACUGUAUUGCUGAUGUGUCUAAAGGUUUAUUUAUAAGAAAACUGAAUUGAAUGCAAAUUCUGUGUCCAAAGCGAUGUAUGUGUAUAAUCCUUUUAAAAUUUACUUUUAGAAUGUAUUUUAACUAUGAUGUGCAGUGCACUUUCUUAAUUUUUUUAUGGUCAACAUUAAGGAGGAAAGAAUAAAAGCAAACAAUAAGUGGAAUUGUAUCAAUAUUUUUGUAUCAUUGAUUAUCAUUGAUGUAUGUACAAAAAGGGUACACUUUGUUGAAAUAAUAGAUCUAUGUUAGGUUAAAAAGUUUGUAAUGAUUAUUUAUAUUUCAUAUUGGAUAGGACUGAAAUCAAUGUAUUUUCUGCUGUAAUUUAUCCAAAGUUUUCAAGUUGUGAUAAUAAUACUUGAACAUUCAAAUGGCAUUACCUCUACCUUCACUCCUUAUGUAUACAUAUCAGUUAUUUUAUUCAACAAUAUGCGUUUCAGUGUGGGGGUGUGGCAAUGAUUUUUUAAGUCUGAAUGGGCUCUGGGCUUAUUUUGACAUCAUAAGAGUCGUCAAAAUCCACAAAAACAUGAAGUAAAGGAUGACCCACCUUGUAUACAAUACUUGUUUAAUGUGAUCUAAAGCCAGAAAAUUAAGUGAAGUACUUUUACAGUAAUCAUAAUAUGUAUGCAGUUAGACACAGCAUGAUUCUGAUUUUUUGUAUACCCCCACAAACAAAGUUUAGGGGGGUAUAUAGGAGUGAACUUGUCAGUUGGUCGGUUGGUCUGUCUGUCGGUAUUAAGUGUCCGCUCUCUAAUUCAAGUAGUUUUCAUCCGAUCUUCACCAACUUGGUCAGAAGUUGUAUCUACCGGUACAUGAUAUCUAGGCCAAGUUCGGAAAUGGUCCUUGCCGGGUCAAAAACUAGGUCACGGGGUCACUAAGUGCGUUUUAAACAUUCAGCAUGUUGUCUGCUCUCUAAUUCAAGUAGUUUUCAUCUGAUAUUCACCAAACUUGGUCAGAAGUAGUAUCUAGAUGAUCUGAAGGCCAAGUUCGAACAUGGGUCAUGCCAGAUCAAAAACUAGGUCACAGGGUCACCUAGUACGUUUAACACAUUGAGCAUGGUGUCCGCUCUCUAUUUCAAGUAGUUUAAAUCCGAUUUUCACCACAUUUAGUCACAAGUUAAUCUUGAUAUGCUGGGUCAAAAACUAGGUCACGGGGUCACUAAGUGUGUUUUAAACCUCACCAUGUUGUCCGCUCUCUAAUUCAAGUAGUUUUUAUCCCAUCUUCACCAAAAUUGGUCAGAAGUUGUAUCUUGAUAAUGUCUAGGGCAAGUUUGAAUAUGGGUCAUGCCGGGUCAAAAACAAUGUCACCGGGUCACUCAGUGCGUUUUAAACAUCACAAUGUUGUCCGCUCUCUAAUUCAAGUAGUUUUCAUCCAAUCUUCACCAAACUUGGUCAAAAGUUGUAUCUAGAUGAUGUCUAGGUCAAGUUUGAAUAUGGGUCAUGCCGGGUCAAAAACUAGGUCACGGGGUAUCUUAGUGCGUUUUAAACCUCACCAUGUUGUCUGCUCUAUAAUUUAAGUAGUUUUCAUCCAAUCCUCACCAAACUUGGUCACAAGUUUUAUCUAAAUGAUCUCUAGGAUAAGUUUGAACAUGGGCCAUUCCGGGGCUAAAACAAGGUAACGGGGUCACUUAGUGCGUUUUUUAACAUUCAGCAUGGUGUCCGCUCUCUAAUUCAAGUAGUUUACAUCCGAUCUUCACCAAACUUGGUCAGAAGUUUGAUGGAGAUGAUCUUAAGGCCAAGUUAGAACAAGGGCCUUUCUGGGUCAUAACUAGGUCAAGGGGUCACUUAGUGCGUUUUAAAAAUUGAGCAUGGUGUCCGCUGUUUUUUGUGAAGACGACAUGCAAAAUAUUAUGCGGCAUGUGGGGGUAUUCGUCACGUCUGUGACAAAGAUCUAGUUAAAUUUUAUAUACAUGUAGUUUUAAAUUUAAUGGAUAAUAAUAUCUCAUAUCCUAAAAGGAAAUUAUUAUGAUGAAAAUAAAUCAUGUUACUUAUAAUACAUUAAUUUUGCAAAAGUUGAUAUCUAAACAGCACAAUUAUACAAGGCCUUGUAGUUCUAUGUGUUUAUUUCUAAAAAGAAGUCAAGAUUUGCGAUUUAAUUAUUUGUAUGUUUUGAUAUCAUGUUUGGAUGUGUGCUUUAUCAUGUGAACAGCUUUUAUAUGUUUGUUAAUUAAAUAUGCAACUUCUUGA